UUAACUUGUGAGCCCAAGCCCCCCGACCACAACCUCGUCCUCGACACGUGUCACAACCGCAUUGAUUCACAGUCCGCGUGUCCUUCUUCGUUUCCGUUUUCUUCACCUUCCUUUUUAAUGUUUUCUCAAUCCUUCAAAAACCCUAAUUACACCCAGAAAUAAAAAAAAGAGAUUGCUUUCCCUAAUCCUCUCCGAGCAAACAGUUCCCUUCAGGUACAAAGGUUAGUUCACUCUUGAGUUCGAAAGAUGAACACACAGACACAGGAGUGGAGAUCAACUCGAGGAAUCAGACGGAGGAAGGCGUUGAUUGAUCUUAAUGUGGCACCUAGAGAUCAAGAAGGGACCUCUGGUUCUGUAAGAGCAUCGUCAUCUCCCAUGGUGCCUAGCUGUGAACUUCUAAGGGAGUCUGUACCUUCUCACCCUGCUCCGGCUAUGAUUGAUGUUGAUGCUAUUGAAGAUGAUGUUGUUGAAUCAUCUGCAAGUGCUUUUGCUGAAGCUAGAAGUAAAUCAAGUGAUGCACGUAGGAGGCGUUUAAUGGUUGAUGUAGAAUCAGGUGAUACGACUAGAUUGUCUGCCAACAAGCGUAGAAGGGUUCCUCUUAAUCAAGCUGUUAUCGACUGUGAGCAUGUUCCUAUUGUUGUUGAACUCAACAUCUCGCCGAGUGUGUAUACAGCUCCUCCUCCACUAGAGGAGCCGAAAUUUUCUUGUCCAAUUUGUAUGUGCCCGUUUACUGAGGAGAUGUCAACCAAAUGUGGUCACAUCUUCUGCAAGGGGUGUAUAAAGAUGGCUAUAUCUAAGCAAGGCAAGUGCCCUACUUGUAGGAAAAAGGUGACUGCGAAAGAGCUGAUUCGAGUAUUCCUUCCAACCACCAGAUGAUUGAUACAUCGACAUUACCAGCCACCUUGUCUAAUGGUUUGUCUGACUCUAUCCUCGAAUUCGCGGUGAAACAUUGAAGGGACUUCGAGGAUUGAAUGUUUCACUUUGUUUGGAAGAAAAAACUUCAUUGUUCAAGAUGGCUCUAUCAUUUAGUGGAUAUCAUUGGGAAAAUGUCAAAUUGCUAGUUGUUGUCUUAUGUAAUUUAGAUCUUUUGCAAACCUCAGUCGAUACCAUUCUAUGUUACAGACGAAAUUAUCGAAACAGAAAUUU